CACAACGGCGGUAAAUGUUACAUGUACCCGCGCUUGAGCGGGUAUUUGUCAAGUGUGUUAAAUCUAUUGAACCAGCGUCGAUAAAAUAGACAUUCUUAUAAUAGAAUUCAGAGAAUCUGCCAAGAACUUCCGGAUUGAUUGAUAAAGUGAAUUUUGACCCCACUAUGGCAUCGGGAAAUCAUUUGAUUGUGGCAGCCAUUGAUUUUGGUACAACGUACUCUGGCUACGCCUUUUCCUUCCUCCAUGAAUACGAGAAGGAUCCCACUAAGUGUUCCACAUUCACCUGGACGGCGGGGAGUGGCGGUCUCCAGUCACUGAAAACAUCCAGUUGUGUCCUGUUUGACAAAUAUGGCAACUUCCAUAAGUGUGGAUUCGAAGCAGAGGACAAAUAUUCCGAACUUGCCUUGGACGAUGAACAUCAUGACUGGAUGUUCUUCAAGAGAUUUAAGAUGAAUCUUUACAAACAAAUAGGAAUUAGAAGAGACUUCAAACUGGAAGCUGAUAAUGGUAAACAAAUGGAUGCUAUGAAAGUCUUUUCAGAGGUUAUCAAACAUCUAAAAAAUCAUCUGGUUGAUAAAUGUAAAAGUCAACAGACGUCACUGGAUAUAGAAGAUAUUCUGUUUGUAAUCACUGUUCCUGCCAUUUGGACUGACCCUGCCAAACAAUUUAUGAGGGAGGCAGCCGAGAUGGCAGGGAUCGGAAAGGAUCAGUUGAUUAUAUCAUUAGAGCCAGAAGCUGCGUCCCUCUUUUGCAAACACGUGCCUAUAGAGAAAAUGACCGGUUCCGAGAAGGGAUUCAACGUUUUCUCUUCUGGUUCAACCUACAUUGUGCUUGAUGCAGGGGGUGGUACCAUUGAUAUUACCGUGCAUCAGGUGCAACACAAUGGCAGUCUUAAAGAAAUUCACAAAGCAAAUGGAGGGGACUGGGGUGGAAUAAAAGUUGAUGAAGCAUUCAGGGAAUUGCUACAAGAUAUUGUUGGAAAGAAAGUCAUGGAUGAAUUUUGCAAGGAACACAAGUACGACAUGCUAGAACUUUUUAGAGAUUUUGAAGUGAAAAAGCGCACGAUUACACCAGAUUCAGAGGAGAAAAUAACUUUUAAAGUUCCAAUCAGUUUGAAUGAAACAUUUAAAGCUUCAAAAAAGUGCGACAUCAAAGACGCCCUGAAGAAAAAUUCGAAAUACAAAACUGAAGUAUCUUGGAUGGGAGACAAACUCCGAAUGAGUGCCAAUAUUGCUAAAGGUCUUUUUGCGAAUUCUGUGAACCAUAUCGUGGAUCGUCUGAAACGUCUUGCACAGAUUCCGGCUGUCAACAAAGCAACUUACAUUCUGAUGGUUGGCGGUUACUCCGAAUCACCGAUGCUUCGUAACGCGAUAACGAGAGCAUUCAAGAAUAAGAAAGUAGUUGUCCCGAACGAGGCUGGACUAUCUGUUUUGAAAGGAGCGGUGAUAUUUGGCCACGAUCCAAUCACCAUUGAGUACAGGGUUAGCAAAUAUACAUAUGGUAUCGCAACGAUGAUUCCAUUUGAUGAAGACAAACACGAUUUGUCUAGACGAAUUGAGACAAGCACUGGGGAUGUGUUAUGCAAUGGAGUGUUUGAUAAGCAUGUUGAAAUCAAUAAGCAGAUUAAAGUUGGGGUCCCACAGAUAGAUAGAGAAUAUGUUGUCACUGAACCAGAUCAAACCAGAAUUACUUUCAAAGUAUAUAUUUCAAAACACCCUGAUCCAAUGUUCAUCGACGAAGAUGAAGGAGACAGCGAUGAUUCAGAGAUCGAUUGGUUUGACGAAGAAAAUGAAUGCAUUUGUCUUGGUGAAUUGGGCAUCGACGUUCCUGGUUGGGGGCUAGAGCGGUUAGCAACGGUUUCCAUGACCUUCAGCAACACUGAACUUAGAGUAGAAGCCCGCAAUGAGAACGGAGAAAAUACAGAGGCAUCUUUUGAUCUAUUAAAUUAACUAUAUUUGCAGCAGCAAAGACAGCAUUUUAUAUGCAUGUGUGCGCAUAGCAUAUAUGAAAUAUUCGUUGUUAAGGAAAAUUGCUCCUUAGCUUUCGAGCACAACUGCACAUGAUGCAAUUACGCAUUUACUGAUUCAACACUGGUCCCAUUGAUGCAAAUAUAUUACACAUCUAUUACUGAACCCUUUCCAGUUGAAAAAAAUUGUGUCAAUUCACAUUUUGAAAGGGUUUUGCAGGGACUAUAUUUUUGUGGCGGAAGGAUUGAUCACUCAAAAAAGUUCUAAAUUUGCGUGAUAGUACAGUUUAUGUUUCAUCUAAUAUAUCUUCUAUUUUUAUACUCCUAUACGUGUAUUUCAUUUUUAUAAUUUUGAUACAAGUAAAUGAGAUUUGAAACUAUAUGAAAUGUUGUAAUUCAUUAAUUUGAUUGAUUGAUAUAUUUUUCCAAACAGAACACCAAUUCUUAAAAAGGUUUAUAUUAAUUUACUCGAAAUUUUGUAUGAAAAUUCAGUAUUUUUGCCAAUAAUUAGAAAAAAUUGGUCUCCAACCCCCACUUUUUUAGUUCUAUUUUAAAUUUUAAGACAAGACCUUGAAAAUUAUGUGAAAUUUUAGAAAUUGACAUCACUCCUGAUAUAUCUUUUGAAACUCUCAAAUUUGAUAUCAUGAUUGUUUUCGUAUAUCAGAUGCAAAAAUAUCAUUAUUUAUUUCUAUUACGUGUAUUAAAUUAAAAAAAAAAAAUCUGUAUUGUUAGAAGACAUGAUUAUGAAUCUAUUGUAUGUAAUGAUUGAUUUGUGUUGCUUAUAUUGUGUUGACACCAACAGACAAAUGAAGAUUAAUUGAAUAAAUUUUAAAUGCAAAAA